GUAAAUCACAACUUGUGAAAGAGACGACCUGUUAUGGGCGCGUCCGUGCAACAGAAAAUAAAAAGAGCGACGAGCGCGCAGAACGCGUUUAGUCCUCGAGUGACGGAAAUCCAUAGAGAGCAGCGGAGUGCGCAGGCGCGUCACGGUGAAAUGUCACACAUUUGGAGAGAACUUUGUCUUCUUCUGUUAUCACUGAGUCACACCCAGGGAUUUCCAGCUGACAAAUGUCUUAUUGCCUCCGUUGGGGAGACGAUUCAACUUCCCUGCUCUCUGAAGACUGAAGAGCCCUUAAAUAUAGAGAACAUUUCACUUGAAUGGACAGCAGGAGAUCUCACUCUUUUUUGUCUAAGGUCGUAUGAAUGUCGAGUGAAUUAUUUCCAACCCAAAUCAAAUUUCUUCAUAUCUGAGAUUCCACAUGGCAACUUCUCGCUGAGGCUCUUCAGUGUUUCGCUGUAUGAUGAAAGGUCGUACAGCUGUUAUUACAGAGCGGCCGGGGAGCACCACAAGAGACUUGUGUGUGAGCACUGCCUUCAUGUCGGAGAUCGUUUCUCUGAUCCCGUUCUUCUUGGGCCGACGUCACCGGUGCUAAAUGGUACUGAGGUCAACUUCACCUGCAAGUCGGAUGAGGGAUUCCCUGUGCCGUGGGUCCAGUGGUUCGUGAACAAGAAACCAUUUCAGGACAAGAGCUGAAUAAAAAACAAACUGAAAAGAGGCCGCAAUCCCAAAUACAACCUGACCAGCAUCCUGACUCUGACCAUGACGGAGAAUGUGUCUGUGUCCUGCAUGAUCGAUAACCGGAAGAUGGAAGAGAAGAAGACAUCACCUGAGAAAGAGUAUCUGAUUAAAACUGAGAUAGAUCCACACAGAGCGAAUGGAAAAGCCUGGGCCAUAGCGGCGUCAGUGUCAGCGUUGGCAGUGGUGCUGCUGAUUGGAAAGAUUGUGAUGAUUAAGAGGAUUAGAAUGAAACAUCAUGAAGCAUCUG